AUGGCGCCUUCACAGAUGAAUCUCUCUGCCGUCCUCCUAGUCGUCGUCCUCCUCCUACCCAUCAUCACGGCAGCUCGUGAGUCGGCGUCCUCCUGCGCCGAACACCUGAGCGGCAAUUAUGAAGGAGUAUGCAUUGGAUUGAUAGACGACGACACCUGCAAUAGUGUAUGCAUAGGCGAACGCAGCGACAACUUUCAAGGCUUCUGUAACCUUUUACAAUGUUGGUGCAAAGGCAGAUGCACCUCUGGGACUGAAGCUAUUGCUAGCGCUCCCAUCUGGCAAUGA